ACUGUUAUUUUAGUUUUAUAGAAAAGUUUGUUUGUUUGUCUGUCAUGGCUGAAUUUUUGCCUGAUGUGGACGACGUGGAUGAAAUUGCAUUUGAUUUUGAUGGCCGGCCGUAUCUAUUUGAGCCGGAGUACACAGAUGAAGAGCUUCAAGAAAUUGAAGAACGGACGAGGAGAGACGGAGUUGGGCAACAGGCAGAGGGCACGGAACCAGCUGCUGCAAGGCUGCGAAACACUGGAAACUGGUGGUGUUCCUGUGGGUGCUGUGUACCUUUGCCUACAGAGGAGGAAUGCCUCUGUUGCAGGGAAUGGGACCUUUUGCAGCCAGCUGUGUUUGGGGAUUACCCAGUGGACGGUACACAACGCUGUGUAACGUCAUCAGAGGAUUUCCCCUCCUUGAUCAACAGGGCAGUGCUAGAGACCUUCUUCCAUGUUCCCAAAAUCAACUGGAAGAGGCGGCCAAGACCACAGGGAGAAAACGGCCAGCUGUCUAUUGACCAAUGCAGACUAGUGGCUUACCGUGUGGUGCUGGAGUGGGCGCUCAGAGGAGAGCGUCUAGGUCGUGGCAAUAGGAGAGUGUUGCCUAGAUGUAUAGUUAUGGCUAUAAGAAGCAAGUACCCCUCUCCCACCGGCACUUACACUGGCUUCAACGAGGCAGAGGACAUCUUCAAUAUACUGUAAAUAUUUCUGUACACGUACAUAUCACUGUAAGAUUCAAUCUUUUACAAUAAAGUAAUAACAAUAGCACAGCUGUGUUUCUAUCUCUUUAUUUUAAACCACAAACCAACACCCCCACAACCACACCCCCACACACACCAAUAAUGUUCUAUACAUUAUUUUUUGUCAGCUUUAGUAUGGUUUGAACCGUGAACUGUGCCGUGCAAGUAAG